AUGGGUAAAAAGCAAGCUGCUGGAGAGAAUAGCAGAAAGGCGGCUGGAAACGCCAAGAAAGCUGAAGUUGCUGCGUCAAAAGCGGCAGUUGAGAAAAAUAAAAAGGAUCAAGCAGAGUCAGAAGAAUGGUCCAAGGGAGCAAAGAGCAAUGCAAAGGCUGAAGCUGCAGCACUCAAACAAGCCGAGUUAAAUCGGAAGAAAGCAGAAAAAGAAGCAUUGUUGAAGGCUGAGGAAGCUGCUGCUCCCUCUGGUCCGAAGAACUCGAAGAAAGCCGAAAAGAAGCCUGCCGUUAAAAGAGGUCUCGACCUAUCACAACUUGACGACUCCCCUACUAGUGCUAGUCCAUCAUCAGCUCUCAAUGCCUCCAACAUUGAUGAUGCGUUGGAUGCGCUGGCUUUGACAUCAAACACGAAGGAAAAGGUCGACAGGCAUCCAGAAAGGAGAUUCAAGGCUGCUUAUGCAGAAUUCGAAGAGAGGAGAUUGCAAGAAAUGGAUAAUGAUGGUAGUGGAAACGGGCUGAGAAAGAACCAAAAACAAGACAGAAUCAGGAAAGAGUUCGAAAAGAGUCCUUUGAAUCCUUACAACCAGAUCAAUGGAAGAUAUGAUUCAACCAAGGGUGAGUUGGCAGAGAUUUUGCAAAACGUACAAGCUGGUGUAGAGUCAAGGUUGGCAGGCAACUAG